AUGUCAAUUGUAGCCAUCAAAAACGCAGUCGCCAAAUUGGUUUCCGGAGGAGAUUCGCAACGCACUCCUUUGUUGACGAACGACAGUAACUCUCAUUCUCAUUCUCAUUCGCGGACUGGUGAUGCCGAUAGGUCCUAUAAUUCUGCAAGCACAAGUGACGAAGAGCGUGGGAACCUCGAAGACAAACGUCAGGAACGCCGCGGUGGACUUUUCGGAUCUAUCGAUCCACGUCUGAUGAGUGACCUGAUUAUAGGGCUCAGCGAUGGUCUUACUGUUCCCUUCGCUUUGACGGCAGGCUUGUCAUCUCUCGGAGACUCCAAACUGGUCAUCACCGGUGGUUUCGCAGAACUAGUUUCCGGAGCCAUUUCCAUGGGUCUCGGUGGAUACUUGGGUGCCAAAAGCGAAUCGGACUAUUACCAUGCAGAGGUUAGCCAAGAAAAACGCAAGUUUUACAACAACACGAAUUUGAUAAACCAUGAAAUCGAAGACAUUCUUUUGGAAAUCAAUCCGAACUUUUCCGACGAAACAAUUGUGUCUUUCAUUAAGGACCUACAGAAAACCCCAGAACUCAUGGUAGACUUUAUCAUCAGAUAUGGAAGGGGACUUGACGAACCGGCAGAAAAUCGUCAACUUGUAAGCGCGCUCACGAUCGGUGGGGGUUAUUUCGCUGGCGGAUUUGUGCCAUUGGUUCCAUAUUUCUUUUUGGAAAAAGUUGGCUCCGCACUUCUGGUUUCCAUAAUAUUGAUGUCAAUAACGCUGUUCUGGUUCGGGUUUGUUAAAGCAAGCAUAUCCAUGGGAGACACCUGCACCGUUGGUAGAAAAAUAAGUGAAGGUGCGCAAAUGUUUGCGGUUGGAGGCAUGGCGGCCGGUGCUGCUUGGUUCAUGGUUAAAGUCAUCGAUCAAUGA